AUGAUUGAACGGGCGGUGGCGAGCCUGGAGUCGGGCCAGCUCCAGCGCGCCAUCCCCAAGACCCAGUGUGCCGCCCGCCGGUCCCGUCGGCUUCACACAGCCUUUUGGCAGCAUGGCGCCGCGGCAAUCGAGCUGUCUAGCCUCUGGCCCCUGUCUCCUGGUGAACCGUCGUCGUCGUCGCGGGCUGCUGCCGCUGCCACUGUCAAGCCCGCGGCCUCGGAGUUGCUCGAGCCCAAACUCGUUGCCACCUCGUUCCUCCUCGAAUUUCUAUACCCCAAUGAGACGCAGUCGCUACUGCACCGCGUGCUGGCACCGAGGCCCAGGUCGGAGUCGCUGCGACCGCUGCGGCGGAGGCAGUACUCGGCGCAGCACAUGGCCUCGUUCCAGCGCAGCGAGCCAUCCAUCCUGUGCACCACGCAGUACCAAGGCAUCUCGCGGAUACCCCCGGACGCAACUGUCCAGUAUCAGUCGAUAGCUACAGCGACAACGGAAGCGAUCGAAUCGGAACCUGUUCAGGAGUCCGUUUCGGUACAAACGAGGACUGAGACGGCACCACCAGCAAAAUCGAAAGCUCCAGCAGACGUUCUUCUCAAAAAAGUCAGCUCCCGAGUCGCAGGAACCAGCCCGGUUCUCGUUGAUGCUUGGAACUCCUAUCAAAAAGCAUCUCGAGAGGAGCAGGAGGCUCAGCGCCCUGGCCUGAUCAUUGCUUUGGCGAGAACGGACGAUUACCUCGAGUGCUCUCGGGCUGCGGCUUUAUUCCGCGAGCUUUCACGGAGCGAAUGGACAGACGAGCUCCUCUCUGCCGCGAUCCGAUCACUCUCCGUCUGCGGCAAAUUUACGUCCGCUAUCAACAAGUUCAAAGACGGCCUUCAGGACCACUAUGUUGGCGGCAUGCAAUACCUUGUAGCCAGUGCCUUUGCCGCUCGCAAGUGGCCAGAAUUGUUCCGGGUCUGGUUCGAGUACGCGAACUUCAUUCAAGAGUAUGGGGACCAGGCGAUACCGUUUGACCACCUUCAGUCCGUGCCGAAACUGGAUACACUCUUUGCAGCGUUCGAAAAGCACGUCAAAUACACGGGCCUGGCCCAAAUACGAGCAGAAAACAAGGAGUUUUAUUCACGAAAAGCGUUCGACCAGCUGCGACACUUGAUGAUUCGUUCCGUGCUGGCCAAGCCCUGCAAGCCAAGCAAUGCCAUGAGCAUUCUUUCUCGCUACAACAAUACCACAUACUACCAAUUAUAUAUCGACUCGGUUCUUCGAUCCGCCAGGAUUGGCAAGCAAUCCAGAUCGUCGCUGAGACACCUCAGCAAGAUCUAUGAGGAAUACCGGCUACGUCCCGAUGCUCCAUUCACGUCCGACAUUCUGCGAGGCAUGUUUACGAUCUACGAUCCGACCAAUCCCGCUGGGCUAGGGCUACUAUUCCAGGACUGGAUGAAGUCGGACGGGGGCAUGGACAAGUGGGCGUAUGAAAACUUUUUGAGGUUUUAUGCCCACUCAGGCGAUAUAACUGCUGCCCGAGAUCUAUGGCAACGUUAUGUGACGGCAUUUCCGGAAUCCAAGAAGGAAGCCCACGGCUUUUACAGCCUUCUGGAUGCGUACGCUCAAUCCGGCGAUGUUGCUGGCGCCGAGAAUGAGAUAUCUGCCAUGAAGGAGUCUGGCAUUCAACCCGACGCGGUGAUUGAGAAUGCUUUACUCAAAUGCCACAUCAGAGCAGGUAACUUCAAAGAGGCCACCCUAUGUUUCAACGCAAUUAUCGAGCGGCAUGGCCCAAAUACGCAAGCGUUCGAGCACAUGAUGGGACUGCAUUCUGCAAAUGGCGACUUAGAGCAAACGCUAAGACUGCUUAACCAAGCUCAGACUGCCCUAAUUCGACCAUCAGAGAGUAUGGCCACGUCACUUGUGGCUGCAUACUUGCACAAUGGCCUAAUACAAGACGCGGAGAAGAUUUGCCGAGAAAUGGCACGCCGUGGGAUCACAAGCAGAGAGGUAUGGAACAGCCUGAUACGGGCUUAUGCAACUGCUGGCAAACUCGGUAAAGGCUUCCAGCUAUUGGCGGGAAUGCAGAACAACAACCUUGCCUGGGACGAGGAUACUUGUGAGGCAGUUCUCAUCGCCCAAGGACGCGCUAAGCAGACCGCAUCAGCACAUCGCCUAUUGCGCAGCGCGGUUGCAGAUAAUCUGCUGCCAAUUAGCGCCGAUCAUUUCGCAAUUGUCAUGAACAGUGCCAUCGGAACCAGGCAGGCGCCCCUUGUCGACAUCCUCGCCACAGAGAUGGAGCGCGCAGGUAUCCAGCCAAACUUUGCCACCCAUCUAGCCCGCUUCGAAUCUGGAUUUGUUCGUGCGCCCACUGCCGACCGAACAGCAAGACUUGCCCGGGAGCUUGUACAAUACAUGAGAAAGCUUACUCACAACACUGAUGCCCCACCGGGAGAGCGCACACCCGACCCAUACACUACCGCUAUGCGGGACGUCACUGAGCUGAACAGAGAGCUCCGUGACGUUGGAGAUGCGCUGAAGCUACUCAUCGAUAAGCGAGAGAUGGCCCUUGCCGAAGAUCUGGUGACACUCUACGCGAAGAUGCGCCCCGUCUCCCAGCAAAGCGAUCAGAUGCCGUCGGACGUUCUUAGCGUCAUCAUGGGCGCCUAUCUGGAAGACGGCCGCCACGACCGCGUCCUGCAGCUGUGGGCCGUGAUCCUCAAGGACAUUCGCCGACGCGCCGAGAACCCCGCGACCAAGGGCAUCUUCCCCGUGUACGCCUACCACCUCAGCGGACCCAUGGCCCACGUCGCCAAGGUGUACCACACCACCGGCGACGGCAAGCGACUCCUGGCGUACACGCAAGCCGCCCUUGAUGCGGGCUUCAAGUUCACCCGCGACACGUGGAACACGCUCAUCUGCUGCCUCGCGGAGCUCGGCCAGUGGGAGCCGGCCAUGCACUGGUGCGAGACGCUGCUGAUGCCCCUCACCGACGCGGGCGUGCUCGUCGCCUCGCGGCCCGCCGUGCUCAGCCUGCAGCGCGAGUGGCUGCGCCUGCGCAAGCUCGCCGCGUGGUCCGCCGGCGUGACCGCCAAGCUGCGCCGCGUCGAGACGCAGUACCCGCUGCUGCACCACGCCUUUGCUACGGUCGACGUGGCCGACCUCCCGGACGCGGGCGAGGAGGAGAACAAGCCCGGGAGGAGGAGCAGCAUCAACAAGGCCAUCCUGAAGGACACGCUCGCCGCGAUGCCACUAAAGGACCUGCUGGCCAUGCGGCUGGCGCUGGGUGCGCAGCUCAACGCGAGCAGGGAGCGCCGCGGCAGGGCGUGGGCGGAGAAAUGGGGACGCGUGUACGUCCCGCCCCGGAGCAAGCGGCGCAGGUUCUAG